CGCCUGGGAUGCCGCUGCUCCGGGCCAGAUGCAGGAGGAGGAGGGACCUGGCGGCUAAGAGUUAACCAGCCCUGCACAGCGAGGGGGGAGACACCAGUUUUCUGGGGACACUGGUUUCGGUCACAGACUGCCACUCUACUCCUACCCAGGGGAGCUCCCGGAGAGUUGGAUGAAUUCUGGGUUGUUAGCUGCUGUCAGCUGGGCUCCCGGGAGCCCGUUCCUGGUGGAAAGCAGGGGGCGUCUGGCCAAGGGACCAGCGGCUCGCUGAGACUCAACAUGACCCUCCUGGGGGCUGAGCACUCUUUGCUGAUUAGAAGCAAGUUCAGAUCAGUUUUGCAGUUACGACUUCAACAGAGAAGGACCCAGGAACAACUGGCCAACCAAGGCAUCAUACCAUCACUGAAAAGUCCAACUAUAUUCCAUGAGCAAAGAAAACAUUUGGAUAGUGACAAGACUGAAGACACCCUGAAGCACAAGGCCAGGAACAGGUCCAGCAGUGCUGGUUUGGUUACUAUGCACAUACUCCAGGCUGAUCCUUUCACUGCCAAACCCUCAGCCUCCACUGCGGAGAGGUCCAUUCCAGCCGCUCAGAUGAAGCUGAAGAGAGCCCGACUUGCAGACGAUCUCAAUGAAAGAAUUGCCCUCCGGCCAGGGCCACUGGAGCUGGUGGAGAAGAACAUCCUCCCUGUUGAUUCUACUGUGAAAGAGGCCAUAAAAGGUAACCAGGUGACUUUCUCCAAGUCCUCAGAUGCAUUUGCCUUCGAGGAAGAUAGCAGCAGCGAUGGACUUUCUCCAGAUCAUACUCGAAGCGAAGACCCCCAGGGGCCAGCAAGAUCUCCCCCAGACACUAAAGCUACAGAGACCUCUUUGACAGGUCCUCCGGGCACAAUCCAGGAUCUCACUUCUGGCUCAGAAAAUGACAGGAAUGACUCGGUCUCACAGCCCAGCAACCAGUCAGAUGAAGGGAAGCAGGGGCUUGGGCCCCUCAGCACCCCAAACCCUGUGCAUGCUGCUGUCAAGUCCAAGUCCUUGAGUGACAGUAAGAACCGCCACAAAAAGCCCAAGGACCCCAAGCCAAAGGUGAAGAAGCUGAAGUACCACCAGUACAUUCCCCCAGACCAGAAGGCAGAGAAGUCUCCUCCGCCCAUGGACUCGGCCUAUGCUCGGCUGCUCCAGCAGCAGCAGCUCUUCCUGCAGCUCCAGAUCCUCAGCCAGCAGCAGCAGCAGCGGCUCAGUUACCCUGGGGUUCACCACGCACAACUCAAGGAACCAAAUGAACAGAUGGUCAGAAAUCCAAACUCUUCUUCAACACCACUAAGCAAUACCCCUUUGUCUCCUGUCAAAAACAGUUUUUCUGGACAAACUGGGGUCUCGUCUCUCAAACCAGGCCCACUCCCAUCAAACCUAGAUGAUCUGAAGGUUUCUGAAUUGAGACAACAGCUUCGAAUACGAGGCUUGCCAGUGUCAGGCACGAAGACGGCCCUCAUGGACAGGCUUCGGCCCUUCCAGGACUGUCCUGGGAACCCCGUGCCCAACUUCAGCGAUAUAACGACCGUCACUUUUCCUGUUACGCCCACCAACGCCCUGCCCAAUUACCAGUCCUCCCCUUCCACCAGCGCCUUAUCUAAUGGCUUCUACCAUUUUGGCAGCACCAGCUCCAGCCCCCCCAUCUCACCUGCCUCGUCAGACCUAUCGAUGGCCGGGUCCCUGCCGGAGACCUUCAAUGACGCGUCGCCCUCCUUUGGCCUCCACCCGUCCCCUGUGCACCUCUGCCCUGAGGAAAGCCUCAUGAGCAGCCUGAACGGGGGCAGUGUGCCUUCCGAGCUGGAUGGGCUGGACUCUGAGAAGGACAAGAUGCUGGUGGAAAAGCAGAAGGUGAUCAAUGAGCUCACCUGGAAGCUGCAGCAGGAGCAGAGGCACGUGGAGGAGCUGCGCAUGCAGCUGCAGAAGCAGAAGAGGAGCAAGUGCUCCGAGAAGAAGCCGCUGCCCUUCCUGGGAGCCCCCAUCAAGCAGGAAGAUGCUGUCUCCAGCUGCCCAUUUGCAUCCCAACAAAUAGCUGGGAAUAGACAAAGCAACAGCUCAGACAGCCCAGCACAGGCGUGUGAAGCUGCUUCACUCCUCCUGCCACCUGGGAAUGGCCACUGUGUGGAGUCCUCUGGUCAAACCAACAUUCUUUCUUCCACGUUUCUCAGCCCACAGUGCUCUCCACAGCACUCGCCACUUGGGGCUGUGAAAAGCCCACAGCAUAUUAGUUUGCCCCCAUCACCAAACAACCAUUACUUCCUAGCCUCGUCUUCAGGCACUCAAGGAGAAGCGCACAGGGUCUCCUCACCUGUCAGCACCCAGGGGUGUACUGCACAGAGCUCAGGAGUGCACGAGGGCCAUCUUCCAAGCUUCUCUCCUCAGCCUUCCAGUCUCCACCACCCUUUCUCUGGAGCCCCAGCAGACAGCAGUCAUGGUACUGGGGUAGACCCUCGUCCCAAAAGCCCAGGUGUACAGCAAAAGAUGGCUGGUCUACACUCUUCUGAUAAGGCAGGGCCAAAGUUUUCAAUUCCAUCCCCAACAUUUUCUAAGUCAAGUUCAGCAGUUCCAGAGAUAACACAGCCUCCAUCCUAUGAAGAUGCAGUAAAGCAGCAGAUGACUCGCAGUCAACAGAUGGAUGAACUCCUGGAUGUCCUCAUUGAGAGUGGAGAAAUGCCCGCUGAUGCACGAGAGGAUCAUUCAUGUUUACCAAAAGUCCCAAAGAUGCCCAGGUCUUCCCGAAGCCCUACUGCUGCCCUCCCCAAGCCCUCAGCUUCCUUUGAACAAGUGUCUUCAGGGGUCCAGCUACCAUUUGAUCGCUAUGGCACAGACAGUGAUGAGCACCUUGAAGUCUUAUUAAAUUCCCAGAGCCCCUUAGGAAAGGUGAGCGAUGUUGCUCUUCUAAAAAUUGGGAGUGAGGAGCCUUCUUUCGAUGGCAUGAUGGAUGGAUUCUCGGGGAAGGCUGCAGAAGACCUCUUCAAUGCACACGAGAUCUUGCCAGGCCCCCUCUCCCCGAUGCACACUCAGUUUUCACCUUCAUCUGUGGACAGCAAUGGGCUGCCAUUAAGCUUCACCGAAUCUCCCUGGGAAACUAUGGAGUGGCUAGACCUCACUCCACCAAGUUCCACACCAGGCUUCAGCUCCCUCACCACCAGUGGGCCCAGCAUCUUCAACAUUGAUUUUCUGGAUGUCACAGAUCUCAAUUUGAAUUCUCCCAUGGACCUUCACUUACAGCAGUGGUAGAAUGCCUGAUGCACAAGUGCUGAGGAAGACCAAUAGAAUUCCACAACCAUAAAUACUUACAUUAUUCAAACAGAAGAGCAGGAGUAGGGGAAGGAGGAGGAGAUUUUUAAAAAGCAAUGGAGACUUCUGUGACAACUAACAAGCACAAAUAAGAGUCAUUUAUAUAUAUAUACUGUAAUAUUUACCAACAUUCAAUGACUGUUAAUGAUUUUAGCAAUGCUCUUAAAAAUGUGCUUUCUCAGAUCAAAAAUGCCGAAAAAGUUAUUCUACUAUCUUUUCAAACACCAGUAUUUUUUCUAGCCCAUAAUUUAAUUAAGGUAUUGUUAGGGCAUAACCAAAUGUCAUAAGCUUUUCUUUUAAGUUUAUUGGACCUACUGUGGAAAGAAAAUGUAAACUCUUUUGGGAGUACAGGGAAGUCAAUCUAUCAAAGGUUAUGAAAGGCAUACCUGUGAUGGAGGCUGAUUCUCAUCUCUCCAUUACCUGCCUUUCAAAAUAUCAUUAAAGCCCAGUUUCAGUUACAAAGUUCUUGAGACAGAAUAGAGGGACAGAACCAAUUCUUUCCCAGGGAAGCAGAAUCAACUCAGUGACCCUCUGCCACAAAGCUGCCCCAUUGGAGUGGUUUCCAAUCUUCUACCCAGGACUCUGUGUGGUCACUGAUAAAAACCAACCCACCCAGAACUUCCCUCUUUCUCAUCCAGUUAGCCAAAUCACUCCCACUCUGUCUGUGGUGAUAAGCAUUGCCAAACAGGCAAGAAACUCCUGCCAUGGAAGGUUCUCCAAUGCAAUACCUUUUAGUUCCAAAGACUAGUGAUGACCACCCAAGCAGAUCGAGGGGUCUGUGUAGCCUCAGGAAGCCCUGUCGGGGACAUUCAGACAGCACUGGAGAACAUUGUUUAACAUAUCAUAGGAAUAUGUACCAAAACACCAAUCCUUUCUUGCUCCUCUUUUGAGUAUCUUUUUUUUCCUGCCCCAACAUUGGGAGAAGAGGACUUCUUAGAUCUAAGAAUCUGCCAUAUUCCUAGUAAAGCCAUAUUUUAAAAAGCUAAAACUCCAGGUUUUCCUGGAAAAUUCCUUCUCCAUAUGUAUAAUUUGCUGCCAAAGAAAGUUGAAAGAAUGUCCUUAGGAAGAAACUGGUGAUUUAGCCUAUUAGUCACAAAGCUCAUUCUACCCUCAUUUGAUGUACAGCAAUCAUUGAUUUGGGUUGCUCUGGGGAAAUUGGAAAUCAUUAUAUUGUAAAGAUAAAUACGAAAUACAUUAACAAGGAGAGAGUAUUUUAGGUAUGGAUUUCUGAAAGAAAACACAAUUGCAUAUUGAAGACGAUGAAAGGGAGAACAGACAUUGGUUUCGUGUGCAUUCCUCAUCACCUCUCAGGCUUCGGCUGGGAGCUGAAAAAGUCAGAUGUCAGGACGGUCUCCCUGAGUUUCACUGUGGCUUCACCCCACUGUGUUUAUAGUGUUGCAUGCUGUAGAAAGUAGCUCCUGCUAUUGUUUUUAUAAUUUAAAUCACUAAGGCACUGUUUUUCUCAUUUUGUAAAAAAUGUUGUUCACUGUGCACUUACAGAGAAAAUAACCAAAAAUGUUGUGAUUUUAGUUCUCUUUUGAUAAAUCAAAGAUUUAGAAGUCAUUCCAUUGUUACCUUGUUAACUUGUGUGAACAGAGCGUUUUUGGUGACUGCUACUCUGGAAGCUGCCAGAUCUUACUAGGGGUGCAGGGUAUAUAUAAAACACACACACACACACAUGCACAUGUGAUAGGUAUAUAUAUGUACUUACACAUGUGUGUAUGUGUAUGCAUCUUGAAAAGCAGUGUUACAGAGUUCUACACCAAAAACCUUUAAGCCUUGAUCUGCUGUGAAAUGAUACUUGGCCUUUCUCACUGCGAGUUCCAAUUAACCAACCAGACUACACGUUGCCUCUCUGUGUAUGACUAAUGGCUCCAGCCUGAUGACUCACAGCCACUUGCUUACCAUGAACAAACUCAUCUUGACAAUGAAUAUGGAUGUGAAAAGACAGAAUAGCUUCACCAUUAGUAGCUGGAAAUGGUAAUACAGUCUCUCAUAGAAGAGUAUAAAAGGAACCUAAAAUUGUUUUACAUUCCUUGAUCAGCAUUGUGCUUUGAAAGAUCCACAUGGUAAAUUUUUCAUUUUGCUUUUAUGUCAGUCAUCAGAACCAAAAUCUAGAGGGAAAAUUAUCAGUCUUCUCUCUGAAGCCAAAGAAGCAUGGAAAGAAACCCUUAUUAAUACAUUCCUCAUAUUGGUUUAUUCCUCAGAUGUUGACAUUCUAUUUGGAUCUUAACAAAGCUUGCUGGUCAAUAUAUUUUUCAUGUGUUACAUUGUGUGUUUUGUAUGUUACCCCCCAACCCCCCUUACUUCCUUUGGAAAACAAACCAUAGUGUCCCUACUCUGAGACUGUGGUCUGAGUAUUAAUUAUUUUUUUCUUUGGGUAUUUCUGUCUGAAGGAAUAGUCUUGGUUGGGAGGCCUCUGUACUUUGUAAGUUUCUGCAUCUUUAGGGAUCCUUUUAGGAUAUUACCUUGUACUGAUAUACACACCUUACAGUCACCAAAAGAUGGAUCCUAUUUGCUACUGCAAACCAACAAACUCAACACAGAUUAGACACCUGGAUUGUUGGUUGCAACCUCCUUCCACAAUCUCCGCACAGCAUAUUCACUCUGUCUCUUCAUGGCUCAGAUGGAAUGUUUGUGGAAUAAAAUUGGGAAUAAUUGGGAGAAAAUUUAUGAAGUUGGCUUCUCCCCAUGGGGGAAGAUAAUUCAUGAUAAAAAUUCAUCUGUCUCCUAUUAAGAAUUUUUAAGUUCUUUUAAACUCUUAGUUGUGUACUCUAAUUUGGUGACAAGUUGGACCUGACAAAAAGAUGUACAAAGACUUAUAAAGAUGGCCACAUUCAUGUUUCUUACUUCCCUUAGGGCCUAAAAAUGACUACCUGUGGUUUUCUUAAUGCUCCUGAAAUCUGCGGUGAAGCAGACCUGCAGAUCUGCAGCCUCUGUGAAUGCUGUUGUAGCCCCUUAGAUUCAUACUGAUCCAGCCGAGUCAGAAAAUUUAUUCCUGAAAAUGCUUUCAUUAAGUCAGUACUCAUUAGUAGUAGCCCUGCUCCUAACAAUGUUAUUGAUAUGACACACACUUUCUAUUAUAAGGGACAGAGAGGGAAGGGGAAAAAAAGAAUGAAGGAAGGAGGGAAAAAAGGAAGAGAGGAUGGAAGGAAAGAAGGGAAAAAGGUCCAAAUUUCCUGAUCUAUGAACUUCUCAGUUCAACUGAGAUACUGCAUGAUGAAAAGUCAUUUUUUUAAAAAAUUUUAUUUAUUUAUCUUUAGAGGGGAAGGGACAGAGAGAGGGAGAGAAACAUCAAUGUAUGGUUGCCUUUUGUGCAUCCCCUGCUGGGAACUGGCCUGCAGGGAACCAGCCUGCAACCCAGGCAUGUGCCCUGACUGGGAAUCGAACCGCGAUUGUCUGGUUCGCAGGCCCGCCCUCAAUCCACUGAGCUACACCAGCCAGGGCGAAAAGUCAUUUUUUAAAAAUGUAAUGAUUGCACCAUAAACGAGGAAACCAAGAGAGUCUCCACCGGAAUAGUCUAAAGUCUAGGAACUGGGGACCUUCCCCAUUCAAACAUUUAUUUCCAAUCUGAAGAGAGAGAGAGGGAGAGAGGGAGAGAGAGAGAGAAGAGGAGAGGAGAGAGGAGAGAAACCAUUCCAAUCAUUUGAGACAGUCCUUUUCAAAAAUUAUUUAAAUUCUACCAACUCUCCUAGAAACAGAUCAUGGUCUGGCUGAAAAUCCCUGCAUCAAAUUCACUCAUCCAGUGGAUAAUUACUUGAUGCUUAACCUGUGCAAAUCACUAAAAUCCUCAGAUUUCCAACAUCACACUGACUCAGCAUAGGUGGUUUAGAUUUUGGGUGGCUGGGGGUUUGCAGGUGCUUUGCGGAUGGACACAGUCCUCGACCCAUAAACCUUUUAGCUAUGAUAAAAAGGGGGGAAAUCUUCAUUUUUCCAAAGGGGAAGCAGAGGGCUCCUUUUUAGCUAUGAGCUGUCACCCACCCAAAUAUUCUGUUCUUGUCUUUUUCUCAAUGAUCAAACAGCAGCAGUACAUCACUUGGAGAUCUUUCAUUAUAUCCCACCACUUUAAACAUUUGUGAGAGUUUUAAGAUUCAUUUUUAUCUUUAAAUACAAGGCCCCUUGAAAAUCUGAGAUUGGAAAAGAAAACAUUUUUUUUUGCCCUACCACUUGUGCUCAGUCUCCAUAUCAAGCUCUUUCUACAACAAGGACACUUACCAGAGGGGAGGGAUUAUCAAAGGUGAGCCUCCAUCCCUUAGCAGAAAAGCUGCAGAGUGGGAAGCCAUGUGGGCCUCCCAUUUGAGGUUUGGCUGCAUUUUCAAGGUAGGAAACCCCAAAAUGUGGGCAUACUGUGUGCUUCAGAUAUGAGAGAACUUGGAGUGAAAAGAGUCUGGGGUCUUUGUUUUCCUAUAAAUCCAGUAUGAAUCUGCAAGGUGGUUCAGAUGCUGAAAUUGCUAAUGCUUUAUUAUAAAGAUGAUAUUAAUAGACAUGCAGAGUCUGGGUUCUGAAAAGAAAAAAAGAUGGCCUUAUAAGGCUGAGCUCUGCUCAGGUUGUAUGAAGGAGCUGGGUUCUAUUCAAGAAUCCACAUUUUUGGGGGACCCCAGGCUAGGUUGGAUAAUGUAUGAAAAAUGACUUUAAGACAAAAAAAGAUUUUGGAAAAAUUUUGCUAUCAUCUGCCAGGAAAACUGUAGGGUUGACUGGGUUCAAUAACAUACCAGUAAGUUUUCCUUCUGGUUCUAGGAUUUGGCCAUUUUCCCUGUGAAUUUAGACAACUCCUAAACAUCUCUUGUGCUUAUUUUAACCACCUGCUGGUACCUAAGUUUUCUAUGAAUGUUUUAACAGCUCCUGAGUGUUUAUGGAAAGGGAGUAGAACAAUGCGGAUUCCGGAUGCCAUUCUAAUGUUUUCCAAAGGAAGGGAACCCACACUGCUCCCAGUGCCCCUGCCCAGUGUGUCUACCUGCAAUGAGGAAAGAGGGUGAUGCCGUGCUGGGUGCUUGAAACCUUCUCUUGCUGCAACACAUCGAGGUGCUUUGUAAAGGAAUCAAAAGACCAAGCAUACAUUUUCUAUGGGGCCUCUGUGUGGCAUUGUUUUCAUGUUGGUCUCCUUUGCUCAACUAUGCAUAAACGAGAAAGAAGUGUAGGUUACCAGGAAGAGAAAAGAAGCAAUGGCUAAAAUACCAAAG